CCUUAUUGCCCAAGCCUUUGCUCGCGCGCACACAUCUCUCGCUCAUUUUUUUUCCAGAAGGCACCACUAUUACUAUUGGGGUAUUACUGACAGGAAAGCACACCAAGAGGCCCCGCCUCCUCCUUCCCUGCCUCUCUCCUGCCGUGUCACUGAAGGGGGCGGAGAGGCCCAGUCAGGUGACCGACGUCCAUGGGCCGCCCAAGAUGGCGCCCGGUUUGUGGAGUCUGAGGAGGAAGAAGAGGAGGGCUUACCUGUAACUAGGAACCGGAGGAGGCGGGAGGCAAGCAGCGGAGGGAGAAGAGAGGGCGUGGGAGAAGAGGAGCGAGGCGGACCGCGGCGUUGGGCUUCCCCGCUUCGCGUACCUCUGGAAGACUCCGCUUUGAGGGUGGGCGGGCGGAGGCGGCCCUUCGAUGUGUGCCUUUUUCCAGGGAGGGGCCAUGUUGUGCCUGGACGGUGCCCGUGGUUCGUAAACGCAGCCGCUCCUCGUUCUCUCGGCCUCCUCUUCUCUUACCAUGGCUCUGAGGGAGCUCAAAGUUUGCCUGCUCGGGGACACUGGUGUAGGCAAAUCAAGUAUUGUAUGGCGCUUUGUAGAAGACAGCUUUGAUCCCAACAUCAAUCCAACAAUUGGAGCAUCUUUUAUGACCAAGACAGUGCAAUAUCAGAAUGAGUUGCAUAAAUUCCUAAUAUGGGACACAGCAGGACAAGAACGGUUCCGUGCUCUAGCACCAAUGUACUACCGAGGGUCUGCAGCAGCCAUUAUAGUUUAUGACAUUACAAAAGAGGAAACAUUUUCAACAUUAAAGAACUGGGUGAAGGAACUUCGACAGCAUGGUCCUCCCAAUAUUGUUGUAGCUAUUGCUGGAAAUAAGUGUGAUCUUAAUGACGUAAGAGAAGUCAUGGAAAAAGACGCUAAAGACUAUGCAGAUUCCAUACAUGCAAUAUUUGUAGAGACCAGUGCAAAAAAUGCAAUAAACAUAAAUGAACUCUUUAUAGAAAUUAGUCGUAGAAUUCCAUCAACAGAUGACAACCCUCCAUCUAGUGGUAAGGGCUUCAAACUUAGAAGACAGCCUUCAGUGACAAAACGCAGCUGUUGUUGACUGAUAUAUCAGAGUAGCUUUUAUAAAGUGUUUGGCCUUGGAAGUUACGGUUUAUUUUGGGUAUGUCUUAUUGGUAUUGGAUUCCUAGCUGCCUGGCGUUCAUACACUCCGAAAACGGCCAGCUCUGGCAUACUUAUACAUGUUGAGGAGGCUGUUGUCAUCAUACCAUCGGAUUCUUUCGUUGCACACAACGUAUGAACCAUAUCUUGUACUCAAAGGGAAUCCAUCUUCAGUUUCUGCUUUGGCCUUGUGAGAAAGAAACUCCAACAUUCAGAUUGUAAGGCUGAUAUUUCAUAGUUUUUUGUAAACAAAAAUCUGCCAUGGUUUUGUAAAGGGGGGAAAGGGAAAACUAGCACUUUUGUGGAUUUUGAUGGGAAUGGGCAAGCCUUCUGGAUAGAAAUUAUAGCUCUGAUUUUAAUGCAGUUCUGCACACCACGUUGUCAUUGCUAUAGGCCUUACCGUUUUCAUCUCCAAAGUGUAAAACCAGCUGAGAAGCAGAUGGCUACAGAAAUAAUGACUGAAGCUGUUUAAAAUGACCAAAUCAACCCAUGCACUCCUCAAUCUUAAUUGCACUUUUAUUUACUUUUGAUACUGUCAAAAUACAAACAAGCUGUCUUACAAAAAAAACAGGGCGGUGGGAGAUUUAAACAAUCCUUUAUGGUUAAUUAUUUUAGAGGUAAAUUGACAUACUUUUUAUAGGCUUCUCGUUAAGAUAACAAUGUAAAUCUUAAGUGAAAUUGGCAAAAACAAACUUGAUCGUGACUGGCAGGCAUCAGUUGCUGUCAGUUUUAAAACACACAAGUUAGAUGGGGGACAUUGCUUAGCAUGCGCAAUUUUUAUAUUCUUUUAUUUAUGAGACCAAUACCUAAAGUAUUAUAAAUUAUGUAAGUGCCAUAGAUGAUGAUCUCUGUGUUCUUCAAUUUCUCCAUGGGCAAGAGAUGGAGGGAAGUCUAAGAUCUACAUUGCUGUGGACCCCAGCCUAUGAGCAUGAGGACUUGCGUCAGCUGGCUUCCUCUUAUAUGGUGCUGGAAGACACUCCCCUCUCUGUCCGGUAGAGGUUGCUGCUAGUGUAGUCUGAGGCUUGCUUACAGUAUAAAUCACCUCUGCAUGAUAAAAACAUAAAACAGGGAACCAAAGCCAAGUUGCAUGGGGUAACGUUGAUCGUUGCCUCCUUGCUCUUGGGUCUGUCCUCAACUGUAACUUUUAAAAACAAGUCAUGUGUGUUAAGCAGAUUAGCUUUUAGCUUUGUAUUUUUUAUUUUAUUAAACUAUAAAUUUACCUUGCCCUGUUAUUCUAUUUUUCAUUAUUUAUUUUUGUUGCAGCCUGCCAGUGCUAAAGUGUGUGAGUGAAUGUGUAUAUAUAUUUCCCCCUUAAGAGUAUAAAUACUUAAUAAACUCACAAUGUGUAAAAUAAGCCUUAAGGCCUUGAUAUUUCACGUUCACAGAGACAUGCCUGUGGUGGCUUUCUUUCAGACUGUUAUUUUGGCAUUUUACCAUCUUAAGUGUUUUCAGCUGAGAAGGAAAUUUCAAAGCAUAUGUAGGAAAUGAAACAGCUUGCGCUUCAGAAUACUGGAUUACAUUAUUCAGAGCAAUCCUUAACAAAACCGAACAGCUAGAGUUAAUGGGCGUGAUCAAAAUUAUUCUGAUUAGAAGAAAUAGGCUUUAACUUAAAGAGCAAUUUUUUUAAAAAGAAAAGCAUGAUUGAAACUCCUCUAAAGAGUUCAUCGUUCUAAAGUUAUCUUGCAGUGUGUAAACAACUUUGUACACCAUCCUAACAGAUACUCAUUUGUUCAUGUAAUGGCGUAACAAUGUCCCCCAUAUACUGUCCUCCCCGUAUACAUUUCUGUGGCACAGCUGAUCUUUGAGCAUGGCAUUCACUUUGACUGAACUAUGAACACAGAUGUAAAACUCUGAACAUGUGCAGCACAUUCCAUACCUUGUUUAGUUUGUAGCAUCAGUCUGCUCUGAGUUAUGGUUGUAAGAACCAGCUGAGCAUACAGUAUAACCCAGUCCAAAGAGCCACUGUGCUGUCAAACAAGCAUUUGGGAUUGGACACAGCAAAGCCAGUGUACUAUUCCAGCCUGGGUGCUACGUUACCAUUGCAAGGUAAGGAUGUCUUUUUGGCCCAGUAGCCUGGAUUAUCCCAUGCUCUGGAAAAGUCACUAUCUGAUAAUUCAACAUUGUAUGCAAUCUAUUGUGUAAGGAUUUAAUGGAGCAUAUAGGUAUUUUUUUGUCACCACUGUUGUAAGUUGUCCUAACCAUAUGGCCCCAUUUCAAGCAGCUACAUUUGGCUUCAUUGUUCCCUCGAUAGCAGCAUCAUGCACUGAGUAACACAUGCAUGAUGCACCCUAACACUUUAGACUCCUUCAGAGAGGAGCUGCUGUUGGGGAGGGAAGAGUGAGAAUCCCUGAUGCAUGCAUGGAGGCCCUUGCAAGUACCUGUGGAUCUCAGCCAGUAUGUCUAAUGCUUUAAUAACAAUUGUCUGUAAUGAAACUGCGGUUGACUUGAAGAAUGCUUCUAUACCUACAUGAGGAAAAAUGUAUAGCUACAGAGUCAGAGCAUCAGUGCCUUGUUGUAGUGUUUCCAUGCUUGCUAACACCGAUGUACAUCAUGCACUUGUACAUCUGUGCUUUUGGACUGAGAGAAUUUACCCAGAACUAAACUUGCAAAUAUGAAUAAUACGUUGACCACAAUCGAGAAGACCGGGGUGUCCAAACUGCAGUCCUCCAGCUGUUGUUUCAUCAUCCCCAGUCACGGUAGCCAGAGAUGAGAGUUGUUGUUAAAAAUUUUAUACCGCCCUUCCAAAAGGCUCAGGGCGGUUCACAUUAAAAACACCAUUAAAAUCUAUUAACAAUUAAAACAGAAAUUGUAAAACUGCAUAAAAUAAACAAUUAAAACAUUUUGUAGGUGAACAGCAGUUGUAGGGUUGCCAUUUGACAUCUCUGGUCUAAAGAGAGGCAAGACAAUAUUAGGGUACCCCAAAGGAGCAAAUGGACUUGGAGGCAAGGCUUUUGAAAACAAAGGAGUUUAUCUUGUAAAAUGCAGAAGCACAAUAUAAAAUGUGGUAUCUGGUAGCCUUGGUGCAAUCUCGGUUGUGCAGGGAGUGUAGACAACUCCCGGGGGGGUGGGAGGGCAGAAAUGAGGAAGGGGAGAGUGGGAAUGAAGGCUCUAAUAGCCUGUCUGUUGCAGGCAUUGGAUUGUGGACAAAAGAAGGAGUUAAGGUGGGAAAGAGAGGGAAUAAAGCGUAGGUUUAAUACCUCUCCUUAAUGUGCUGUUUUGUGUGCAAAUGCCAAAAGGGAUGAAUCUCUUUGGAGGAAAUGCAAGGGUCCCAGCUGUAGAGGUUCUGCCAAAGUGUCAGGCAAAGCGAAUGUUGGUUUGGCACCAUGUUCUAAAGGCUGGGCUGCUCCGUUUGCCCACAGCUUUCCAAAGCAGUCAGGCCCAUGGCUAGCUGACAAAAAGGAAUGGUCCAGCCUCUGUGGUUCUGAUCUUGGAUACAAGGAUUCUGCUCUAGAUUCCAGGGGACCCUUGGGCAGUCAGGUACAAGGGUUAACCCAUAGCAAGCCCACUCAGAGAGUGACUCAAGGAUGCUAGUUCCAAGAAAGUCCAAGCUGUCUUGUUCAGGUCUCCCCACGGCAGGCCCACACAGGGAACACGCAAGGAUAGUGAGCUUGGCCCAGAGGUGUCCGGACUCCACAGUCCAGUAAUUCAGCUAGAAGGGAUGCUCAGCUGGUCAGGCUUCUGGGCAGUAGAAGGCAGCUUGUGCCACCAGUCUCCCACAAUGCAACUUCAGCACUGAUGUUUGAGUGCAAAGGCUUUGUAUAGGGCUUCUCCCUCUGCAAAGUCCCAAAGGUGGGGAAGCUUAGAAAUACUAAAGGGAAUGUUCCAACACAGGAUCUAUAGGAGAUGUGUGAAUGAGACCUUUGUUAUUCAGAUGGACCCCUGAGUCCUUUUGUUCUGUUGUACUGAAUCUAAUUAGGAUGCUUGUCUUGAUUGCAUUGCAGGGUGGAGCUGUUCAAAUUCAGGGAAUAUUUUGUCUGACCCCUGGCUUGCUUUACUUGGAACUCUGGCCAUUUCGUGUGUGCAAGGAGUCCAGGAUGGGUGCUUUUCCUUUUCCUAGGUAGCUUUGUACCAGCUCAGAUGUGCAUGACACAGCAGCUUGGCCCAUCUAGGAGCUUGCUCCCCUCUUGGUGUCAAGUGCCUUUCUUAGUUCAGAGAGGGCAAUUGUAAAGGACAUAUGCCUAUUCAAACUGGUAACUAUUAAAGCUUGAUCUUAGGGUAGGCAGUGUUGGCUGUUGUUGAACUAAAUCUCCUAUCGUUCCCAACCAUCAUAAAAUUGUGGCUGGUAAUUCAACAACAGCUGGAGAGUCAAGGUUGCCAACUCCUGCUUUGCUUAAUGUUGUGCUCAUAUGGCCUGUCUUCUACUCAUCUAUUGGACAACAUUUACCAAAAAAAAAUUAAAUAUCCCAUUUGUGCUUAACUGCUUAGAGCAAAAUUCCAGAAUAUCUGAGAUCAUUGAAAAAAGAAAAGUCAACCAAUGUGAAUUCCCUCUGGGGAAUAUUUAUAACAGCUUCCUUGAUUUCCCUGCAGUGGCAGCAUCAGACCACCAUUCUGAAGUGUGGCUUUCACAGUUCACUGCUAUCUCUGUGAUACCAAUUAGUUCCCUUCUUUCAAUUAUGUAUAAUUAGGGAGUUUUUUUGUUUCACCUUCUCUUCUAAAAGAAUCUUUACAUACAUCCAGUAGCAUCUCUCAAAGCUGUUAUUUUAUCCUUGUCUUCUGUUACCACAUGUUUAUGCAGCGUAACACUUCAGCCCACAAGCUGUUGCUUUUGGCAGAAAUUCAAAGGCCUCUCUCCCUAUCCAAGCUAGCGGGUACAUUGCCAGUGUGUUAACUUGCCUUAGAGUUCGUUAGACUUGUGUUAAUCAAAUAUUUGCAUUAAGAUUGUUUAAUCUUGCAUCCUAGCAGAUUUCUGGACCAAGAGCUUGUCUGCAGUGCACCAUUGCUGGGUGCUUAUCUUGAGUUAAUGUGAAUUAAUAGACACUUGAGCUUCAGCAUCUCUAUAGUAAACAUCUGGGGACCUUUGUGGCUUCUUAGUGGUGGUUAAAACUGUCUCAGAUUGAAGAUGGUUCAAAUUAUGCCACUUCAAUAAGCAGUUAAAAAAAAAUAAGCUCCAACAAAAAUAUUCAUUCUGUAUCUGUGCCAAUAUGGCUGUGUUGUUGGUGAGCAGAGUCCCUUUGUCUUGGUGGCCCUCCUUGAGUGGUUUGUGGCCUCUUGUUCAUUGCAUAUUAUAGUGUUGUGCAAUGGCACAAGUCUUGCAAGAGCAUCUUGCAAGGCAACAUUCUUUCUUAUCUCACCUGUUUCAUAGGGCAGCCCAGUUACCCCAGCACAACAGCCAAAGGGGAAAAUAAAAUGCAAAUUAGAUGUGGGAGAUUAGGAACAAGGUCACAUAAUCAACAUGAAACCACACAUUAUACAGCUGUAUAACCUGUACUGCAAACUGAAGAUGGCUAUUUGGAAUGAAGUGAAUGAUUGCUUUUCCUUGUAUGGUUGAUGUUCACUUCGGAAACACUCAGAGCCUUUUGGGCCUGGGUCUGUCCAAGCUUGUGUGUGUGUGUAUGAGAGAGGUGUCUAGCCUUAAUUAUAGCGAUAAAGGCAAAACAUUCAGGCAAAAUUAUCCCCAGCUGCUCAAUAAGAAGUAAAGCUACUCCCAGUUUCCAGGUUUCUGCAAAGACAAUUAUGUAAAUCACCUCUCCUAUGACAAGUUCUGCUCAAGAAGCAGGCUGUAUAACAGUCCUAAUGACUGGAGUGUCAGCACUGUACCAUGAGCCUUACUUAUGCUUGUUCCAUGGAUUCCACCUAGCCUUAAUCUGACCACAGUAGUAACAAGUAUCUAGACCUUUGGACUUCUAUGUAUGGUUAUAUCCAGGAAGCUGCCAAAGGGAAUUAUUGCUUUUGUUGGCCAUUUUGAAAACUCUGGUUAUGUGAAGCCUGAAGGCUUUAACAGAGGGCUCUAGUUUUUCUACUUUGUCCAUCUUUAAAAUUUUAAAUUUGAUUCAUUUUGACAAGGAAGUAUUUCAAAUAAAGUAUUUCUUAGUACUGGGGUUGUGUAUGAUUAAUGAUUAGGCUCUGCAAUUGCUACAUUGCCUGUUCUGAUCUUUUUAGCCUAUUUGGAUUAGUAGUGAUCACCAUUCUGUAGCCUGAAGGUUGCAGGUGCAUAUUCAGUUCUGCUGCUCAGAAACCACUCCAUUUGGAGCAUCAUAAGUGUGUGUCAUUCUUCUAUUCUUCCAAAUGUCUUAAUUUGAGUUGUUGCUGGAUUCCUCUGUCUCAAGCUGCUGAGAUUUAAAUCUGAGGCCCACAAAUGUGAAGUGCACCCAGGUAGAUGCUUUGUUUUUGUAGUUCUCUGUUAGGCUGAUCUAAUUUUCAAUCUUUCCAGAAGAGCCAGGCAACAUCUAGGAACUUUAUUUUUUAAAAUAAACUAUCAUAUUGGUCCUAUUAAAAAAUCAUCUUCUUACAAACUAUCUGUGUCAAAGCACUAUGUGCAAUUGCUGAUACCAUUUUCUGUUUUCCAUUCAAAAUGUGUAAAAAGCUGCCUUGUACAAUCAGACCAGUAAGUAUUUAGCCCGUUGCUUUCUGCUCUGAUUCAGUGGCACAGCAAAGUCUCUGAUAGAAAUCUUUCCUAGCCCAGAAGAUCCUUCAAUUUUUCUAUAUUUGCUCUGCCACUAACUUGAGAUUCUUCAAAAAAAAUUUCCAAGACAUAGGUGGGCUCCAGUUCUCCUGUAGAACAACUUAUUUUUUUGAAUCCAUAAAUGCAAACUUAACACAGUACCAGGCCUGAACAUAUAGUAAACCACUGUACUAUAAAGUAGAGGUGGGCAUUAGAUAGCUUGAGAGCUCAUGGGUUUGUCUGAAAUAGCUCUUUGGACAUUUGAGCUGCUCUCUUCCAUUCUAGCCAAUACUAUACAUCUAAUUUGCUAGCUGAGUGGGGACAUACUGCACCAUUUUAAGCUUUUUUUCCAGUUUCUUUUCUCACAUAUCAUCCUCUCUUGCUCCCCUCCUUUCCUGCAACAACAUUCUCCUAGAAUUCAGGGUUAAAAUUGCUUAUUCUGUCCAUGUAAAUUUUUGUACUAGACACCAUUUGUUGACUGGCUUUGCCUCCCCACACUGCCAUUUAGGACUGGUUUUGCCUUCCCAAGCUGCUUGCUUCGUAUUGGUAGCUGCCAGUGCUCUGACCAAAAGAAAAAGUAGCUUCCAGAAGCCUGAAGUCGGCCCACUCCUGCCACAGAGAGUGUAGGAGAAGUAUAAAAUAAUAGACUUGAACUAAGCCUGACAGUCACCUCUCUUCCUGCACCCUCAUUGUCCUAUCAGUGUUUGAGAUAAUGCAGUUUUGAGAGAGAGGAGAGAGAGAUAUGCUGAAAUGACACUUUCAUGGUAGCAGAAGUUUAAUCCCUUUAAACUGGUAGAGAGACUAAAUGUUCUCAUUUGCCCGCCAAUUCCCAUCAGGGCUUUGUUUGUCAUCUUUAGAUGCUGAAGCUGUUUGUUUCCUGGCAGAAGACAAAUUACAAGGUGAAUGUUCCACAUGAUUUAAAAGCUGCCAUCGCAAGGUUUUUGAUUAUUGUUUUGGGGGAUGUUUUAGUGUAUUGCUGGUAACCAUGUGAGUGUGCCUGCAUGGUCGGGGUAGGUGUGCCUGUUGCUUGUAGGUCAACUAGCAGAACCCUCCCUGGGACCACUCCACUAAUCCCUGUCCAGCCCCCUUUAAAAUCAGUGGUCACUUUACUGAGAAUAAAUCAGAUUGACCCCACCCCCAAAGGGGAGGGGCUCCUUAUUUUCAUCCCUCACUGGCCUCCAGGUGUGUGAAGACAAUGGCUGGGAGAUUCUUGGGGAGAUUGGUUUAGACAGCUGUUUUCUCAGGCUUCAGAAGCAGCAGGGUGCUUUCCAGCCCUUUCUAGAGACAAACAGUAGCUAACUUGGAUAGAAAUGAUCCCACCCUUCCCGUCUGGCACCUCCUUCUUCCUCGGAGCUUCUUCCAGCCCUUGACCUGCUUUAAGGAAAUAAGCAGCAGCAUGUUGAAUCCAUCUUGUGUGCCUUAAGCCAGAGAUUCUCAACGUUGGGCCCCCAGAUGUUGUUGGACUUCAACUCCCAUAAUCCCCAGCCCCAGUGGCCUUUGCCUGGAGAUUAUAGGAGUUGAAGUCCAAUAACAGCUGGGGACCCAACGUUGAGAAUCCCUGCUUUACACUACCAGUGGGAUGGACAGGGCUACUUGCUGCAAGGGAUGUGCAGUGGUAAGCUGGGCAGUAGAGCUCUUGCAGGGAGCUAGUCUCUGGGCUUUUUAGAGGCAGGACAAGGCGUGCCCCUGCCACAGCUGGAAAGAAGCGUGUCAUAUUGACUGCAACAGAGAAAACUGGCAUUGUCAGUGGAUGUUUUUGGAUGGUGUCGCUUCUGCGUAGUGCUUAUUGAGAAGAGAGGUCUUAUUUUUAGCAACUUAGAUCAGCAGAUCUUCCUCUAGAUGAUCUUGGGGGAAUUGCUGAUUUACAGCAGGCGUGCUGCCAUGUGAACUGCAUAACCUGCCACUCCUUGUCUGCAGCUUUACUUUAUAAAUAGCACUAAGCAGGGCUCAACAAAAUUAGGAAAUAUCACUACAAAUAGCCAGCUUCUGUGCAGUCAGUUUAAACAACGCAAAUGGCAUUUUCCUCAAGUAGAUGUUCUUGUAUAUUUUCCAGUCUCUCCUCUUCUUGUUCCUGGAAGCCUGCAAAAAUUGAUCAGGUUUAUUUUCUUGUUUGGGAUUUGCAUGGGCAAGCGCUAAAUAAAUAUCUACAAUCGAUUUCUCUGCAUCUGAAGUCACCAGUAGGAUUUUCUCAUGCUGUGUCUUCCUAGAUCCAUAUAUAACUACAAUUUUUCAUGCUGUGGGAACCAUGUGUCCAGAACCAAGCUACUUAAUAGCUCAACAUUUUAGAGGUUCGGUUUUGUUUUUAAAUAAAACCUAACUUUAUUGAUGAUCACAUCUCAUUCCUAGCUGCACGUUUUCUACUUCGCCAAAACACAGUCACAUGUUGAAAUAUAGGUGGGGAGAGGAGGAAAGCAAAAUGGGUUUAAGGUCAAUUCCUCAGGUUACAGAAUUCCUACACAGCAAGACUUCUCCAUGUAUAAAAACCACACACAAAGAUUGCCAGACACAACAAUCUUACAGUGGGGCUUUAUAUGCAUGCAUGUUAUGAUUUAAUAAUCUACAACCCUCUGGCUUUAAAAGAUAUUUAAGGCAACUCAUACUUUUACAAGAAUAGAAAUUCAGAUUUAAUGGCGUGACAUUCACUUCCAUCUCAUCAAGUUUAUGGGAUAGAGAGGGGUAUAAAUAAAAAGUACACACUUUGUAAAGCAUCCUUCAUUCCUCUUUUCUAAUUUUAAGAGUGUGUAGAUGAAGUGCAAGUUAGAAAAGAACAGAGGACAUGGUUCAAAGUAUGUAGUGUUUAUAUGGAGUGAGAAUGAAUUCCCAUUUUUUCAUGAUUUUUUUUAAACUGAGGUUUAAUCAUUAGAUUUUCCUUGUGUUUUUAAAAUUAUAUUCAUGACAAUUGUGUUAUAGCUGAACUGUGUGUGCUGGCUGUUAAAUUUUUAUUAGAUCACGUUGGGGCCAAAAAUCGGUUCAUGGUCAAAGGGUUUUUGGUACUCUGUGACAGAGCUGAAGAUGGGCACAUGAGCCUAGUCAGCUCUAAAGGUGGGAGUCUUGGAGGGAGACACAGCAGCAUUAAAAAGGUUGUUUUCCUAUGUGGCACCAAUCCAUAAGGGGUGGAUAUAUGUACUCUUACCAACUUGUAGAAUCAUAUGAUAGGCUUUAGGAGUUGUCUGUAGUUCGUUGCAUCUGUACAAACCAGAUGCUUUUCUUCUCCUAUGUUUGAAUAGCUGCUUUGGAUAUUACAACAACAACAACAAAUAUUUAUAUGCCACUAUUUAACAAAAGUGUCUAAAGCGGUUUACAUAGAGAAAUAAUAAAUAAAUAAGAUGGCUCCCUGUUCCCAAAAGGCUCACAAUCUUAAAAUAAGCAUAAGAUCGACACCAGCAACAGUCACUGGAGGGGUACUGUGCUGGGGGUCAGUAGGGCCAGUUGCUCCCCCCUGCUAAAUAAAGAGAAUUGUCAUGUUAAAAAGGUGCCUCUUUGCCCAGUUAGCAGAGGUUUACAUCAUCUCUUCUUGUGUGUGACUAAUGGUAGCAUCUAGUAUUGUCAGGCAGAAAUGUGCUAUGGCAGACAGAAGUAAGCACACACAGUCUACCCAGUAAACCUACAUCAUCAGUUGUAGUCUGCUAAGCCAUUCAAGCACCAUAUUUGUUAUGGGCAAAACACUGUGAAUGUUAUGAGUGCAAGAAAAUGGGGAAGCUCAGUUACACUUCCAUGGAAAAACAGUCUGUUUUUAGCACCUCACCUUGUGUAUAAAGGCAUUGGCAUGCCGCUGUAAUGCUGCAUCAAGCUGCUAGUCCAGUGUUCUUCAUUGUAAGUCCUGGGGGCCAGUGGCAGCCCCCAUCAACCCUAAGUGUGACUCCCUGACGAAAUUGUUCGUUUGGCCUGUGUGAACUUUCAGCCAAAGCUGAAUGCACUGCACAGUCUGCCUGAUGACAUGCAGAGGCAAUCAUUCUCGCUCUGCAGUGCUGUGCUGUGCCCAGUGCUUGGGGGCUUCCUAAAGGGAAACAGAGCCCUUUUGCAUCCAUGCACCAUCUCUGAAUGGUGCAUGAGAAGUGUAGUCCUUCCCAGUGCUUUCUCCAUAGAGCUCUUAAGAGGGUUCCAUCUCUUUUAAAGGGCUCUCUCAGCACUAAGAAAAGUGCAGUGGUUAGCAAAUGACUUGCACAUUGAGGGGGGAGUGCACACAUGCGCACCAAAGUAGCCCCCACUUGAAAAAUAGUGAAUAUUACUAUGCUAGUCAAUGCAUCCCAUUGCUGCCUGCUCCUAUUAGCAGUGGCUAUCCCAGGCGGCAGUUUUUUCCUGGCCCUAAGACACUUCCUACAUUUAACACCAUUUUUCUCAUGGGAAGAUCUGUAUCGGGAAGUUGGCCUCUGCUUCCCACUCUUGAAAGCUACCUGCAGCAAGCUGAACACUUUAAAAUGCUAUGGGAUAUAUGAAUUCAGAUGUAUUUUCUUUCCUAGUAAGACAGGAGUUCCCAGAUUUGGGUCCCCAGGUGUUCUUGGGCCACAGCUCUCAUUAUCCCCAGCCACAAUGUACAAAGGCCAUUGUGGCUGGGAGUGAUGGGAAUUGUAAUCCAGCAACAAUUGGGAACCUCUCUAGUAGGGGAAAGAAGUGAAGAGGUAAAUAAUAUAUUCUUCCUCUCUCCCAGGACAGCAGCUAUCAGAAAGCUACCAAAGGUGCUUUCAAACUGAAGGGUCCACAAAUGCCAGGCAUGCUGAAUCACUAGUCAAAAUGGCAAUUCAGGGGAUAGUGAGUAGCAUUGUACAAAUGAGGGACUGGACAGAGAACACCUGUGUGUAUCACUUUUCUGAUAGUGCUUCUUUUCGUUCCAUUUUAGCACUCGAUUGUACAGUCAUCAGUGUGGGAAGCUAUUGUCUGGGCACAGCUUUUGAAAUUUGACCCUGCAUCUAAACUAAUUAAUGGAAGGCUUUCUCUUCUCUAGAAGCAUUUGAUCUGGCAGAAAUGUGUUUGUAAAUAUGAUGGUGGUGGUAGCUUCAGCUUAUCAGAAUUUAAGCUCGAAACUUUGCUUUUCUACACUGCAUUUAUUCUGAGUAGAAAUUUACAAAGCUGAAUUCAGUGCACUCCAGUUUCCAGAUCCCAGCCUGCAAGCGCUGGAGCAUUAAAACUGGAAAUGUCCAUUCACUAUCAGUUUUGUCAGGAAGCAUUUGCUUACUGCAUUUCAGACCAGAUAUUUCAGACCAGAUUGUCUGUCAGGAUACUGUUAUAAACAAUUUGGUGGAUCUGUGUUCUAGGUAGGUAUGCCAAAAGCACAAAUCCCUUUGCCUGCAAUUGGGAUGGCACUGUGACUUGUGAUCUGAAUGCUGCUAUAGUUGUGAGACAUAAAAGACCAGAAUAUAUGCUCUUAAAGCCCACUGGUUUUUGCAAUUUAAUCUUGAAUUGAAGAAUGAGCUUCCCUUCCCAAAUCUGAAAUGUUGUCUCUUUUGGAGAGUUGCUAUAGCACAGGGGUAGAAAACAUGCAUUGGGUGCAAAAGGUCCCAGGCUCAGUUCCUGGCAUCUCCAGGUAGGGCUGGGAAAGACCCCAUCUGACGUUCUGGAGAAUGCCUGCCAUUCAGUGUAGGUAGGUCUGAACUAGAUGGACCAGUAGCCUUAACUCUGUAUAAGGCAGCUUCAUAGGUUCUGCUCACAUCACACUGUAGAAAUUGCACAGUGGGUUGUCUUUCUAAAAAGUAUGUGUGCUUAUGACUAAGAAGCUUAUUGCAGUUUUGAUACGCAUAUAAGUGGUGCCUUGUAAACUGGAUUGGAAUCUAGUUGGGAGGACAUAGUAAUGAAUCAGUGCUGGGGUAAAAAGGUAUUUGGGAGCACUCAGAAGCAAGGAUGGGCAUUUGAUGAGCCCAGUGCUACCAGUAGUUCCUGAUUUAUCUGAAGUCACUCUCCACACAUUUGGGCUUGCUUCUUUCACAUCCCUUGCAGCCAAUGCUAUAAAUCCAAUUGACUGGGUAAAUGAGGGCAUGGCCAUACCAUUUUUAAUCUCUCUUUGAGUGAUCAGUGUUGCUUUUGCUCUCCCUUGCAUGUUUCUCUCUUCUUCCGCCAUAAUGCAGCUUCUCCUAAUCUCCUGUCCUGCAGCAAAAUUUGUCCUGGAGUUCAGGGGUUUUGAUGUAAAUUUGUGUAUAAUCUGCCAUUUUGCAACUGGCCCCACCUCCCCAAGCUCUGUUUCAUGGUGGUAGCUCCCAAGGAUCUGGCAAACAAAAAAUCACUCUCAGAAACCUUGUCUGCCCACCCUUGUUCUAAGGCAUCCCGGGCUGUUAAAACCUUCAUUCGUAACCUGAAUGGAGGCGCAGAAAAUUCAUUCAACAAAUUAGCAAUUUCACAAAAACGGGAGGGAAUGCAGAAAUUACAGAGGAUAAGCCGAAACUUUAUAAUGAUCUCCAAGCUAGAAACUUGGGCAGAUAAUAUAAAAACAAAAUUCCACACGGCUAGAUUCCUAGAAAACCCAUGGGUGGGUCACAUACUGUAAGCAGAUAGCAGUGCUUCAAAGAAGGACUUCGGGCUUGUAGUCAAUAUCAGUGUGAUGCUGUAACACAUGAGCAAUACUAAGUUGCAUUAACAAGUGGUCCAAAGACUUGGGAAGUGACUGCUCCAAUCUCUUUGGCCUUGGAUCUGAUCUUACCUGGAUCAGUUCUGCGUAUCGCAGGUCGAGCAGUAGGUUGAUAAGUUGGAAAGGUAUUUGGAAGGGAGCCAAUAUCUAAAACACAGGAAAGAACUGGAUAGGUUUACUUCAAGAAAAAAAGAUGGGAUGUGGGGGAGCAUGUUGGCAACUCUCAGAUCUCCAAAUACAUCAGAGGGAAGCAGAACAAUUGUUCAUCCUACCCAUGGAUGAUAGGACAGAAGACACUUAGUUAUUAAACUUUUAUAUGGAUCUCUCCAGGAAGUCCAGAGUAUGAGACUGUGCCGUUCUAAGAUGUUCUGCAUUAAAUCUAUAGUUCUUCAUGCGUUGCCUCGGGUUUGCUGAGCUGAGGAGCAGACAGUAGCUCAGUGUGGGAGAAGCAGGCAGGAGCACAAGCUUGUCUCUGUGCCAUAGCUAUGACCCUUAGGUCACAAUCUCUUUUUCCUGUUAUUUGUUCCACCUGAACUAAAAGAUCCGGGCAGCCCUGGAAUUGAGUGCAGAGGAAAGCUGAGGAGUUGCUUGCUUUUUGAGAUCUUCCUCAAUACAUUGAAUGGGUCAGGGGUGCUUCAGGUUCAGUCUUGCAGCAUGGGUUUGAGAUGGAUUACUUGUAAAGUUCACUCAGAUUCCAAUGUUACGUUUGCCUCUGGUUUCAGCUGGUGCAGGAACUCAGCAGAUUCUUGCUAAACACAUCCAAAAUUGCUCUGUCUCCUAGCACUCAAACAUUUUCUAGCACUCCUGAGCUAUGGAAGGGUUGUGAUCCAUUGAGAUUGUCUCACAAGCUUCACUGAAGUUAGUAGAAGCUUAUGAUGAAAAUGCAAAGUUAAGAGGUCAUAAAUCUUGAAGUAAACCUGCACAGUUGGGCCCUGCACAUUAAUAUUAAUAGACCUCUGCAUAGUGAAUAUUGGAAACUGAAUCUCAGCUUCAUUUCAGUGAGGCUUGCACAUGUAGCAUUGCAAUGGAUUGUGCCCAUCAUGUUUUUGCAUGAAAUGUAGCCUGAUUUAGAAACAGUAAAACAUUAACCAUGAAUUACCAAGUGUAUGAAAGUCUGACUUUUUUUCUUCAUGUUCUUGGGCUGGUCCUAAGAUGUUGUGAAUAGUAUUUGGUUUGUAAAGGCUGUCCCCACCCCACCCCCUUUCAGGUUGGGGGGAGAAUCUAAACUCUUAAUCUUAUGUCAUUUGUAGGGGUCUUUGUCAUUCUUGUUUUUCCCCCCUAGUUUAUCCUCUUUUGUUAAAGAAUCAUUGAUUUAACAUGUUAUACAGCCAUGUUUCAGCUUAAACAAAUGUACUCUUAAGCAUAAAAUUAUGCUAACUCACAAGCUGGAUGUAUUGUGCAAAAUAAAGGUGUAAAUGAUUUAAUAAAAAUGCUCUUUGUAACAUG